GAUUCGUAUGACUAAAGUCGGCCCAAUCCUAAGCGGAAGGUCUUUAAGAGAAUUCAGAUGAAGAGUAUAAAAUCCCAUUCAGAAGUUGCUUUGGAUAUCGUCAUCGAUCAUUGAACUCCUUCGAUCUCUCCUGUUCUCUUCAGCUUGUGAGACACAAAGCGCUGAUCAAUAAUCUGGUGAAAUGGAUCGUCGGCUGCUGAGUUUGGUCUUGAGUUCAUGGCUGGUGUUUGCUACCCUCCUCAGCAGCCAUUGCCAUGCUACUAGAGAUCUUGUAAAUGAGGUCGAGCCACGCCUGGAAUUGGUAAGCGAGGGCCAGCUUGAGCGUCAUGAAAUGUCUGGGGAAGCUUACUACGUCCACAAUUUGGGUGACGAGGCUUCAGAUUAUGUGAACCCUCACAACAGCGCCAGGAGAGUUCUGAAUGCCAACAUUCCAGACCUGACCUGGAGCUCAACUCUGGCCAAUUAUGCAAAAAACUGGGCUCAAACACGAGCCAAUGCCGGCUGUAACCUGAUCCAUUCUGGUGGAAGCUAUGGUGAGAACAUCUACUGGUCAAGCUGGCAGAGCGUCCCUGGUGAUGCUGUGAAGUCGUGGGUUGAUGAGAAGCAGUAUUACAAUUACAACUCCAACUCCUGCGCCAGUGGCCAAGUUUGUGGACACUACACUCAGGUGGUCUGGAGGAACACACAGAGGGUGGGUUGCGGGUCAGCUACCUGCGCCGCUGGUGGCAAGUUUGUCGUCUGCAGCUACGACCCUCCGGGUAACUACAUCGGCCAAAAGCCCUACUAGGGGCCUCGGCGAAAUCUAUCGGGCCAGUGCCAGUCACCUUCCAUGAAUAAAAGCAUGUCGAAGCAGAGCCUUGCCUGCGGCAAACUGCGUAUAUUUAUAUAGAUACGGACCCACGCCGUGCACCUGAGGCCACUCGAUCCUUGACUCACAGAGCUCAUCAAUUUAGUCAAGGCGUCGAGAGUUGGUUCUGUUUCUCGUAUCCGACUCGACAUGCAUAAGAGAAACAUAUCUGGAAUAGGCGAGUCCACUCAAGAUGCACUCAGAUCUAGAAGUCACGUGGCUUAACAGACAUUCAUGCAAUCGGUCGGUUGAGUUCUCUUGUUAGCUGGACACCGUGUGGAGAUUUCUUGACGGAAUGUCAAUACAUAUAUUGAUGUAAAUAUCCGGACUUAUAAAGGGCUCUCGGCGAUGUUCUAAGCAUGAGCUGCCAUCACUUCAUAUCCGGGCUGACUCGGAAGAAUGAAUGCAUGAGAGUCAGAGUAUGUCCCUUCCACUUUGUGAUGUAUGCUUUCUGUAGAAAUAAAAUGUGUACUGCUUAUGCUCUGUACCCAACAUCGGCCGAUGCAAGCGUUGAAUGCACAG